AGGAGGAAAUGGUGUGGGCUGGUGCUGUGCGCAGAGGACGUCUCCGGCUGUAAACAGUCCGGUAAAACUCUGGCCCGCGUCUUGUGUUUUUGUUCAGUCUCCGUGACUUACGCAGUGGUUAAAGUAAUCUAGUGGUGUAUGCAAACAGCCACAGUAUUCUGGAUGCGACAGUCUGCAGAGGAAGAGACUUUGGAUGUGACGCGCUGACAGGUACCCGUGGGUCGAGCCUAGUGUUUACUUGGGAUGUAAAGCUGUCCACUAUGAAAAAGAGAACCAAGAAAGAGCGAGUGGAAGAGGACACUUUAUGCUGUUGUGAAUAUGUGAACGGACAGGGUGAACGCAGUCAUGUGGCGGCCUGCUGUUGUGACUGUGAGGACCUGGAUGAUGUGUGUGACAGGUUUUUGAAAAGAGAGCCUCAGAAACCCGACUCCUUCUCUAGAAUGGCUGAGGUCGUCACGGACAGGAUUCGGGUGCCGUGGCUGUGGGGCGGAGCCAGGAAAGUUGACCUGUCAAUCAUCCCCCCACUUGUACUUCUACCUAUUCUUCUACACAUCGCUGCUCUGCACUUCCUGUUGGGGGUACUAGUGCUCACAGCUCUGCCAGGUCUGGUGCUGUGGUAUUACUAUGUCACUCAUCGUAAAAAGGGACGGACACUCUUCUUCCUCAGCCUCGCUCUCUUCUCUCUGGCAUAUAUGUACUACCUGUUUAUCACUGUUGUGGUCCCCCAUGGAAAUGUUGGCAUGGUUCAACUGGCAAUAAUUACUCUUGGUGUCAUAUCCACUCUGGCAGCACUCAUCCGAACUAAGAAAGGUCCUGGGGUGGUGUUGCCAAAUCGAGAGGUCUGUCAUAGCACUGUUACAUACUACGCUCAUCUGCCUGAAAAAGACCCAGCCAUCAACGGCGGGAAGCAUGAAGUGAUGUUGAUGGAGCGGGCUGGAGUGUCAGAGCCAACAGACAGAGAGCUAAAAGAAAGUCAUCGUAAAAACUGGUGUCCCGUGUGCAAAGUAGUACGGCCUUCUCGGGCAGGACACUGCCGAAUCUGUGGCGUUUGUGUCCUGCGCCUGGAUCACCACUGUGUCUGGAUUAACAGCUGUGUGGGCCAGGCCAAUCACCUCAGCUUCCUUCUAACUCUCAUCUUGUUCCUGCUGACCUCCGUGUAUGGGAUCUGCUUGGUGCUGCAGAGUGUGUGUCCAAAACAACACAUUUUCACAGCUCUUCUCUACUGCCCAGGGGUCUACAGCGAGUUCAGCGCUGCGCUGUGCUUCACCUGUGCAUGGUACAGCAGUAUUGUGACUGGAGGGCUUCUUCACCUGCUCCUGGUGCAGGUAAUCAACAUCAGCUACAAUGUGACAGAGCGGGAGGUUCGCAUCGCCCUGCGGGAGAAAACUGCCCAAAGAGCCUUUUGGGGUCUCAUUGUAGACACACAAGUCUACUCCAGAGGAUUUUGGCUAAACUGGUCUGAAUUUUUGUCAAUGGGAGAUAAGGUGAAUUUCGCCUCUUUGACUCCAGCAGAUGUGGUUUAGUGGACCAAGUCUUGAGCUACAGUACUGUUUGUGUACACUUGAUGGCAGCAUAGUCCCUUCUAUUCCUCACUUUAUUGGUCUCUUGCUGAAAACACUCCAGAGACCUGCACAGACUGUUAUCAACCACUCUUUAAUGCAGCGUCGUUUACCACAGCAUGGGACCUGCCCCCAAGUUGGCCUGACACAUAGCAAUAACAGUAUACCUUAACAAGAUAUAUCGACUGCCUUUUAUGUGACACACAUCGGGUACCUCUUUCUUUACUACUCUGUGACCCCUAAAACUCACCACCUCAUCCCACUUUUUAUAUCACUGCUAUAGUCUGCAU